GGAGCGCAGGGAUGCCUGGGAGCACUGCCGGGCCGGGCCGCGUGACGCCAUUCCUGUGCGCCGCCUAGAGUCUCCGUCGCGCCGGUUCUUCAGCUCCGAGCGGUGAAGGUGACAGCGGGAGGUGACCGGCCCGGUCCCCGCGAUGCUGACGGCACGGCGGCUGCUCGGCGGGUCGCUCCCCGCGCGGGUGUCUGUGGUUUUCUACAGCGACACGACAGCGCCCAAGAAAACCUCAUUUGGUUCACUGAAGGAUGAAGAUCGGAUCUUCACCAACCUGUAUGGCCGCCAUGACUGGAGGCUGAAAGGUGCCCAGAGUCGAGGUGACUGGUACAAGACCAAGGAGAUCCUGCUGAAGGGGCCCGAUUGGAUCCUCGGUGAAAUCAAAACAUCAGGCCUGCGGGGCCGUGGAGGUGCUGGCUUCCCCACUGGCCUCAAGUGGAGCUUCAUGAACAAGCCCUCAGAUGGCAGGCCCAAGUAUCUGGUGGUGAAUGCUGACGAGGGGGAGCCAGGCACCUGCAAGGACCGGGAGAUCAUGCGCCAUGACCCUCACAAGCUGGUGGAAGGCUGCCUGGUGGGGGGCCGGGCCAUGGGUGCCCGUGCUGCCUAUAUCUACAUCCGCGGAGAAUUCUACAAUGAAGCCUCCAAUCUGCAGGUGGCCAUCCGAGAGGCCUAUGAGGCAGGCCUGAUCGGCAAAAACGCCUGCGGCUCUGGCUAUGAUUUCGAUGUAUUUGUGGUGCGCGGGGCUGGAGCCUACAUCUGUGGAGAGGAGACGGCGCUCAUUGAGUCCAUUGAGGGCAAGCAGGGCAAGCCGCGCCUGAAGCCGCCCUUCCCUGCGGAUGUGGGGGUGUUCGGAUGCCCCACGACCGUGGCCAAUGUGGAGACAGUGGCUGUUUCCCCUACCAUCUGCCGUCGUGGGGGCGCCUGGUUUGCCGGCUUUGGCCGAGAACGCAACUCUGGUACCAAACUAUUCAACAUCUCCGGCCACGUCAACCACCCUUGCACUGUGGAGGAAGAGAUGUCUGUGCCCCUCAAGGAGCUGAUUGAGAAGCACGCGGGAGGGGUCACAGGUGGCUGGGACAACCUUCUUGCCGUGAUUCCCGGUGGCUCGUCUACCCCCCUGAUCCCCAAGUCCGUGUGUGAGACAGUGCUGAUGGACUUCGAUGCGCUGGUGCAAGCGCAGACAGGCCUGGGCACGGCCGCCGUGAUCGUCAUGGACCGCUCGACGGACAUCGUGAAGGCCAUUGCCCGCCUCAUCGAGUUCUACAAGCACGAGAGCUGUGGCCAGUGCACCCCAUGCCGAGAAGGUGUGGACUGGAUGAAUAAGGUGAUGGCCCGCUUCGUGAAGGGGGACGCUCGGCCGGCGGAGAUCGACUCCCUGUGGGAGAUCAGCAAGCAGAUAGAGGGCCACACGAUUUGUGCUCUGGGUGACGGGGCCGCCUGGCCUGUGCAGGGUCUGAUCCGCCACUUCCGGCCUGAGCUUGAGGAUCGGAUGCAGCGGUUUGCCCAGCAGCACCCGGCCCGACAGGCGGCCUUCUGAGCCCCGUGCCCCGACCUGCCGUCUGGAUUACUGGACAAUAAAGCACGUGCCUCCCACUCUCC